AUGUAUCCCACUCCGGCGGGCCCUCCGCCCGCCCAGAUGGCGCCACCGAUCUCGCCGCAACCACCACAGGGCCACCCCGAGUCUGUCAGCCAGCUGCUUGCCCGCGGAUAUACCCUUCCUUGCUCGACCGCGGCGCAGGCCUUCACACACAUGGUUCCGCCAUUGAACCGCUUUCCGGUGGCACUCGAAGUGCUACUACCCAUACUUGAAUCUUCACAGUCUGAGUCUUCCCACCGCAUCCUGGUUUCCUACAUCCUGUAUUCUAUGUACGCGCCGCACCCCAUCGGCAUUAAUCCCUUCAAGUCCGCAUUGUACGAUACUUUCAUCAAGGAACGCAAGCUGGCCAUUGAGAACCAAGACGCUAUCAACUCUGCUGAGCGCGAGCAGUUCGUGUGGGUACUCUGGAAGAUACUCCGCGGAGAUGGUCAAGAUCUCGGUCCGUUCUCGCCCAGCCAGUUCGUUCGCUCGGCCCUUCCGUCGAAGCUCCGUCCUUCCAGCCUUGUGCUUGACGAAGACCAAUUCAAGGACGACUUCGCCGACUCGACUCGCGGUGAACUCCAGACUGAAGGACCGCAGCCGCCGGUGUCUGCCGAAGAGGAUGCCCAUGCCCAAAUCAUCUCACAGGGAGCAACACUUCUUUUGGCCGCGCGCGAGCGUGUAUUGACACUGUCCGAGAUGCGCAUUCUCGCCGGCGUGCUUCCUGACCUCACGACCCCGUCCAUCUUGACGUCUUACGACCUCUCGCGUGUUGUUGCUUUCAACCCAAACUUGGCGCAUCCACUCUUGGUUAGUGCACUGUCCAAAGGCGAAGAGAUUGCGGAGAACUGCAUCGAGGUACUCUCGAAUCUCCCGCCGACCAUGCCUUCGCUUGAUGUCAUUGGUCGACUUCUGCGCGAUAACACCGCUGUGCACGAUGCAGCCAACGGCAACACGACGAUCGCAGAUAUCGUACGUCUUGACGUACUCGGCCGCUUCGUGAGCAAUGCCGUACAGUGGCUUGAGGAGGCUGAGGCCGACGAACGCGCUGGUCUCGUUUCCGACGAUCGCUUUGCUCAAGGCGUCCAGAACCUAUGCCGUUUCUACAACUCGCUCAUCAAGCUCGGCAUUGUUGAUCCGACCUCAGACAUCGACUCUGCAGAAAUGAUUACCUUCACGUUGAGCCAUUCGCGCUUCGAGGAGGCGAACGCGCUCUACCGUGUCCUUGCCGCGGGCCGCUACUAA